GCUUCAGCCAUAACCGAAAAGCACAGAAAUGCAUUUUCACGGCCAGUUUCAGUCUAAAAGAAAAUCGCAUUUGUUUCUCUCUGAGCUUCUUGCAGAUUCUUGAGUAAAACCCAAAUCCAUUCUUCUGAGGACAGGGUAAUAAUGAACAAUGCUUUCUAAUGGUAUUUGCAAGUGGACUCUUGGAUGUACUUGAAGUAGCAUUUUGAAUAUUCAUUGAAGAUGACAACACUAUCUUUAGCAUCCGGAAACGUUGGAAACAGAGAAUGCUGCUUGGAAUUUCCUAGUUUGUAUUUUACGGAAGGUCCUUUGGGUAGCAAACUCCUUAGAAGAGCAUAUACAAGAAGGUAUGGAUUUUGGUUGGAUGAUCCAAAAGUUCCUCGGAUUAAAAGCAGGAACAGGUUUUGUGUGACUGCAAAGGUUAAAAAGUGGAGGAAGCACGAUUAUCCUUGGCCGGAUGAUAUUGAUCCAAACAUUCAAAGUGGCCACUUGACUUAUCUGUCUUCCUUCAAGCCUCUGGCUGAGAAACCGAAGCCUGUCACACUUCCAUUUGAGAAGCCUUUGGUUGAUUUAGAGAAAAAGAUUAUUGAGGUCCGUAAUUUGGCUGAUGAAACCGGUUUAGAUUUCAGUGAUCAAAUUAGCACUCUUGAGAACAAGUACCAGAUGGCUCUUAAAGAUUUGUACGCACAUUUAACACCAAUUCAGCGAUUAUCAAUUGCACGACAUCCCAAUAGACCGACAGUUCUUGAUCAUAUAUUGAACAUCACAGAAAAGUGGGUAGAACUCCAUGGAGAUCGUGGGGGUUAUGAUGAUCCAGCAAUUGUUACUGGCAUUGGGAGCAUUGAAGGUAAAAGCUACAUGUGUAUAGGACAUCAGAAAGGUAGGAAUACCAAAGAGAACAUUGCUCGCAACUUCGCAAUGCCAACACCUCAUGGCUACCGGAAGGCUUUACGGUUGAUGAAAUAUGCCGAUCAUCAUAGUUUGCCUAUUCUUACUUUUGUUGACACUCCUGGGGCAUUUGCUGAUCUAAAAUCUGAGGAACUUGGUCAAGGUGAGGCGAUAGCCCAUAAUCUGAGGACAAUGUUUGGUCUAAAGGUGCCCAUUAUAACAGUGGUAACUGGUGAAGGUGGUUCAGGAGGGGCUCUUGCUAUUGCUUGUUCAAAUAAAAUGUUCAUGAUGGAGAAUUCUGCUUUCUAUGUUGCAAGUCCUGAAGCCUGUGCUGCAAUCUUAUGGAAAUCCUCCCAAGCAGCUCCUAAGGCUGCUGAGAAAUUGAGAAUCACAGCUCAAGAACAUUAUAGGCUUAAGAUUGCUGAUGGAGUCAUCCCUGAGCCUCUUGGUGGUGCACAUGCUGAUCCUGUAUGGGCCUCCCAACAAGUUAAGUCUGCAAUAAUCCAGGCAAUGAAGGAACUGUCAAACAUGAGUCCAGAAGAGUUGAUCCACCACAGAAUGCUAAAGUACCGACACAUAGGCGGUUUUCAAGAAGGCAUUCCCAUUGAUCCAAAGAGAAAACGCGAGAUGAUGCCAUCUCAAACCAACCUGCCAAAGCCUGGUGACAUAGACUCCGAACUUGAGGAUCUAAAGCAGAAGAUUCUAAAAGUAAAAGGCCCAUCUGAUCCAAUCACUGCUCAAGCAAUUGAGAAACUCAAACAAGAUGUUGACAAAGAGAUAACCAAUGCAUUCAUCUCCAUGGGCUUAGAACAAAAGCUUGAAUCACUCCAGCUAGAACUCUCCAAAGCUUCAAAUGGGUCAUCUAAGCAACCACUGAGCAGAAACCAGAAGGAAAAAGUAGACAAAAUCAUGCAAGAAUUCAAGCAGAAAUUAUCAAAGCCAGGUUCCUAUCUGGGUUUGAAACAGAAACUUUCAAAGCUAGACAUGGUGUACAAGCUCAUUGAGCAGAAGAAGAAAAGUGAAGAACUAAAAACAAAGAUCAACAACAAAAUCCCAUCAGAGACAAAAGCAAAACUGAGACAAUUGAAGGAAAAUUGGGACAAUAUCAUCUCCAAUGGUGCCCCAAUGGACAAAGACCUGGUGGAAGAACUCGAAAGAGUCAAGGAAGAGCUUGUCAAUGUCUUAAAGACAGCAAAUUUGAAUGUCGUUGGAGUGGUGAAGAAGACAGCAGCCACUCCACCGGCCGAGGUGAGAGAGAAGGUGCGGUGUUUGAGAGAGGAGAUCAAUAGGGAGAUUGAGAAGGGCAUAGCAAUGGCAGGACUUGGUGGGAAGAUCGAGGAGCUGCAAUCAAAAAUGGCUGCGGAUGGGUUGAAUGUGAAAGAGGUUGAGAAGGUGGAGGCUGAGAUUAAGGAGAAGAUUGUUGAAGCUUUGGAGGCAUCUGGUUUGAAAGAGAAAGUUGAGAGCCUAAGAAUGGAGCUGGCGGCGUCCAUGGCGGCUACUGCAGAAGGUAUGGUUGGUCUUGAUAAUGGCAGGCUUUAGAUAAAUGCAUAAUAUAAUGGUUUUAUA